AUGCCUAUUUUCCCAGAGAGCAGCACAAUUGGUGACCAAAUCAGGCUCAGAAGGUCCAGUAGAAACCACUUCGAUUCCCAUUAUCUUCAUCGCCAUCAGCUAGACCCAGCAGCAGCAGCCGAAACAGAUCCCAACCCACAACUCUCUCGCCCUGCCAAAUCCACCACCAUCUCUUCCCUUUUCAUCUCUCCAUUCUCCGCCAACUCAACUGAACCACCCAGCGUCACCAUCGCCAACAACAACAGUAGUGUCGGCGUCAAGAAGAAGGGAACCGCUGCUUUCAGAGGCUUGGGAUGCGCUGCUGGGGCUGCCCGUCAGGUGUCUGUUCCGGCGGUGAUAAGGUCAUCGGCGGAGUGGGAUGGGAAGAAAGUAAAGAAGAAGAUGAAGAAAAAAGCUUUGGUUGCGUCUCCUGCUCCUCCCCCGCCGCAGCAGCAGAGGAGGAAGAUGAGCGAGCAGCAGGGGGUUAGCGAAGAAAGGAGCAGCAGUGGGGAGGGCAUCUGUGGUGGGUUAAAUUCUCAGGGCAAUUGUAUGGUGAUUCAGGAUGUUUGGUGUGGCCCUGGAAUUGGGUUUUCUGGGGAUGCUGUUGUUGAUUCCGUGGACUGUGUUGUCACCAGAAGAAACUUGCCGUCUGCGAGAGGCAGGAUUGAUGUCGAGAAAUUCAUCAAUUCCAGGGAGAGGGAGAGGGAAAGAGAGCGUCCUUGUUUAACGUCGAGGCGAGCAGCACCGGCUGACCCUGAAGCCUUCUCAUUCUGGGACGCGGAACCUGCUGCCUUUGCAGCUGUGAGGCCAGAACCAGAAUUGUUUGGAACUACUAGGUAUUACCGUCAUUUCCGACGUGCUCCUCCUGAUGGACUUGCUGAGGUCUUGAUGCUCCAGAAUGGUUUCGUGAUGGGAGGGCGGAUGGAUAGGUUUAGUGACUGGAGACUUGACAUUGAUGAUAUGUCAUACGAGCAACUGCUGGAGCUAGGUGAUAAAAUAGGGCAUGUAAGUACGGGACUGAAAGAAGAUGAGAUUGCGCACUGCAUCAGGAAGUUUAAGUUGUCGGGCCUAAACGGGCUAUCUUCGCAUAAUAUAAAAGUAACCUUGGAAAAGAAAUGCAGCGUUUGUCAGGAGGAGUAUGAAGGAGAUGAUGAGGUGGGGAAGUUGGAAUGCGGGCAUGGGUUUCACAUACAGUGUAUCAAGCAGUGGCUGGCAUAUAAGAAUAAGUGCCCAGUAUGCAAAACUGAACCACUGGCUAGAAGAAGCUGA